CUGCAGAGCCCCCAAGCGGAGAAGUAGCGAACCAGCGUCAGGUCCGGCGCGCGGCGCGCGGCGCGCCAUCCUAAUAAUCCUGCCAAGGCGCCAGUGAAUUGAGUGCCGCCGCCCGGUCCGGUGCCGGCCGCCUCGACCGCCUCGACCGCAUCGCGGCGUCCACGAUGACAGUCUACCAGUAGUGACCAGGAACCUUGGCGACGAAAUGGACUGGAACGAUGGUGAAAAGGCCGCGGGGGCGGCCGUCGUGGCGCCGAAGUGUGCGUGGCGUGUCCAGGGCGGCGAGGACUCGGGCGAGGAUGCCGCGUCGGUGGACACGGACGACACGGCCAGCACCGGCGCCGACGCCAUGCCCGUCCCCUGCUCGGCCAUCGAGAGCAUCACGGUGGAGAACUCCACCUGCCAGAUCGGCAGCAGCUUGCACGUCUACGGCCCUCUCAACGUGCACUGCGAAAAGUUCCGCGUGUCGGCCGACGGCGCGGACGGCAUUGCGAAACAAUGCAGCCAGAUUGAGAACUCCGUGCCGAGCGCCAGAGACCUGACCCUGCCCAACACGCCGGAUGCCACCGGACCAGCAAAUCCUUGCGAGACUGACGGUGCUCUGUGUGCUGAGGUCCCCAAGUCCAGGAAGCCGCUGCUGCUGCUGCUGCUGCCGCCGUGCGUGUUCCUGGUGGUCGUGUGGGGCGUCGGACUGACGGUCGCCCUCAAGGCCGACGCCGACCUGCUCGCGGACGACGUGCCCGGCGACGCCGACGUGCCGUGCAGCACCAAACCCCCGGCCGCGGCCUCGCCUGUGCUGCUGCCAGACGGUGUCGGGUUCGUGCCCAGGGCCGCGUGGGGCGCGCGCACGCCCAGGGGGGCGCCAGAGGUCCUCAAGACGCCCGUCAACACCGUCAUCGUGCACCACUCAGGCACGGCGUCGUGCACCAAUUUCAAGAUGUGCUGUGAGCGGGUUUUCACCAUGCAGCAGUACAACAUGGACGGCAGGCACUUCGACGACAUCGCCUACAACUUCCUGGUGGGCGACGACGGCCGCGUGUACGAGGGUCGCGGCUGGGACGUCGUCGGGGACGCGCUGGACCCGACGGUGCGCCAGUGGCACCGCGAGGCGCUGGGGGUGGCCGUCAUCGGCACCUUCACGGCGGACCUGCCCUCGGCCGAGCAGCGGCAGCAGCUCUACAAGUUCCUACGCUUGGGCGUCAAGCUGGGCAAGAUCAAGACCCAGUACCGGCUGGUGGGCGCGUGCCAGCUGGCGCGCACCCCGAGCCCCGGGCUGCGCUUCAUGCACGUCCUCAAGAACUGGUACCACUGGUGGGACAACGGAGCCGACUGGGGCGACCUCUGCGACCCGGCAGCGCAGCUCAACCUAGACCACAGCAGCCCGUUCCAAGGGGCCAAAUUUAAUCAAUAAGUGUUUAGAGUAUUUUAUUUUGAAAAUAAAAACGCCGCCAAUGUGAAGUUGGUGGGAGAGAUUGUCUCACUGCAGCGAAUAAGCAGGGCCUUGAGGCUGUCGUGGAAGCCGCAUUCGACCAACCUCGAAUCUCCUAAGACAGCGGUUCCCAACCUUGGGGUCGCGACCCCAAAUGGGGUCGCGAAAAAAUUUCGAAGGGUCGCGGCGAGGUG